AUGAGGGAGAAGGAGGCGACUGUGCCCCCCGAGAUGCUGAGCACGUUCAGCCGAAGUCCCACGCUCACAGAUGAUUUACCCGCCUGCCUUCUACAUUGGCAUUCUCACCAUGGCGUGCAGGCACCCGGCAGGGAUUUAUUGCCUUCUACUGUACCUUCCACUGAUCCAAGGCAGUAUUGUGUUCCUUCCCAGUUUGGAUCCUCAGUUAUACCUAAUGCAAAUAUGCCCAAUGUGCUGUCCAGUCAUGUCUACUCAGGUUGGAGCAUCUUACCACCUGAGUCCAUAAACGCCCUGGCCACAAGGAAUGACAUGAUUCAAAGAAGUUUAGGGAUACCAUUCCUCUAUGGCUCCAGCAUCCCUGCAGCCCCAGCCUCCUUCCACGGUAGAAGCAUGCUCCCAGCCAACGACCUGCAUUUUCACCAAAGCACCUUAAGAAACCUUCAGGGAAACUCUGCGCUGGUGGCAACUGGUCCAUACUUUCUAGAAAGCUGGGAACAGAGAUGCCGCCGCCUCCGGAGAGGUACCGGGAAUCAGAAAGUUCUAGACAGUGAUACCGAUCUCUCCAAAUAUCAAGGGGAAUUUAAAAUCCUAGACCAGACUCGUGUUGCUCCCUGUGAAAAGGAUGGCUUUGCAAAGGAUCUUGAUGCGGAAGGACUCCACAAUCGGAAGUCAAAGCCACCUGCUGCUCCUGCCCAAACCCGGGGACACUUCGAGGUCCCCCAGAGGACGCCCUGGGCAGCUCACAGCACCUCCCUGAAGGCGAAGACCUGGGAUGGUGGGAAGGAGAAGCCUCCACAGCAGUCGUUGGGAGCCGCCACUAAGAAGAGCCCAGGUCUCCCAUCGGCUCUGCCAGGAACACAUGGGCCGCUUGCAACUGGAGAGACUCUUUCUUUGGAUGAAGACAUGCAGAAAUGGACCAUAGACGAUGUUACCCAUUUCAUUCAUAGCCUUCCAGGCUGUUCAGCCUAUGCUCAGGUGUUUAAAGAUCACGCGAUCGAUGGAGAGACUCUGCCGUUCCUCACCGAGGAGCAUCUUCGAGACACGAUGGGACUAAGGCUGGGGCCUGCACUGAAGAUUCAGUCUCAGGUAUCUCAGCAUGUGCAAAGUAUCUUCUACAAGAAAAAUAUUUCACGUCCUAUCCAGGAAUAUUCUACAAGGCAAGCGUUUGCCCCACCAGCAGAUCCACCAUCUUCUCUUUGGGAUCUUAAUUCCUGGAGUGAUACAUCAGGCAUUCCUUGCUCCCAGGAUAUAACUCUCACAGGAAUUGAGCAAGACAAUAUGAGAAAUUAA